CAGUGUUGCCCCAAGUUGACGAGCUCAUUGUGUCUCAGCUCCAUCAUCUCGCCCGUAUAUACUUCGGUCCAGCAUAGUUAUAUAGUCGCCAAAAUGCGUGCCGUUGCACUCCUCGCUCUCUUCCCAUUCUCCUUCGCGAGCCCCACCAAGCGCAGCUCGCCCGCUCCUGUACUCAUCCCCCAGAACGCGAAAGUCAUCGAUGGCAAGUAUAUUGUCAAGAUGAGGAGCGGCGAAAACAACGCCGUCUCUGCCGCCGUGGAGAGCAUCACCGCCCACGCUGACUACAUAUACUCGCACUCCUUCCACGGCUUUGCCGCCAGCCUGACUAAGGAGGAGGUUGAAAAGCUCAAGAAUAACCCCCACGUCGAGUUCCUCGAGCAGGACGCCGUCGUGACCAUCUCGGCGACUCAGCAGAACGCCGAUUGGGGCCUCGCCCGUCUAUCCAGCCCAAAGCCCGGCACUACCGACUAUACCUACGACGACUCUGCCGGUGAGGGCACCUGUGCCUACGUUAUUGACACUGGCGUCGACGCCACGCACCCUGACUUCGAGGGCCGCGCCAAGUUCCUCGCCAACUUCGUCGACCAGGAUAACACUGACGGUAAUGGCCACGGCACCCACGUCUCAGGUACCAUCGGCUCUAAGACGUAUGGUGUCGCCAAGAAAACGUCCAUCUUCGGCGUCAAGGUUCUCGACGCUGGUGGCUCGGGAACCACCUCCGGCGUCAUCGCUGGCAUGGAUUUCGUCACCAAGGACGGCCCUAGCCAGAGCUGCCCUAAAGGCGUCGUCGUCAAUAUGUCCUUAGGCGGCAGUAAGUCCGAGCCUGUCAAUCAGGCUGCCGCCAAUAUCGUGAAAGCUGGUCUCUUCCUUGCCGUAGCUGCUGGCAACGAUGCCGCCGAUGCUGCUGGCUACUCGCCCGCCUCCGAGCCGACGGCCUGCACGGUCGGUGCCACCGUCAUCGACGACUCCCUUGCGACUUAUUCCAAUAUCGGCAGCCUCGUCAAGGUGCUCGCCCCUGGCACAGAUAUCACCUCUACCUGGCCUGGCGCUACUACCAACAAGAUUAGCGGCACAUCCAUGGCCUCACCCCACGUCGCUGGCCUCGGCGCGUAUUUUCUCGGCCUCGGCCAGAAGACAGAAGGCUUGUGUGGUUAUAUUGCCCAGCAUGCCCUUAAGGACGUCAUCUCAGGCGUCCCGAGCGAUACCGCGAACCUCCUCAUCAACAACGGCCAGGGCGGUAGCGGCUCCUUCCGCACCUUCUAAGUUGCCUGUUACCGUGUACACGGAGGACAAAAACACUGAGGGACAGCGACACAUCAUGAUAUGCUACUGUACCGCAAACGCCUCAUUGCAUGGGGAUCGCUACAUGUUGUGUCUAUAUAGCUACGCUUUGUUACUUCAACGUAACCAGAAUGCCACACAUUACCCC